AUGAACGGAUCAAAACGAGAACUCAAGACGAGUUUCCGAGCGUCGCCCAACUCCAUCCGGCCGCUGUACACUGGCGGGCCAGUCGCGCUCACCCGCGACGGGCAAUGGUUGAUCACGACGAUGGGCGAAGAGGUGCUCGUCACGGAGGUUUCGAGCGGGCGCGGCGUGGCACGUGUUAAGGGGGACACGACGGACAUCACGGCUCUCGCGCUGAGCUACCACACCUCCCCUCCGACGCUGAUCACGGCCCACGCCUCCCUCAGCGUGCGGUACUACCCACUCCCUGCCUCCCUCCCCGAGGGUACCGCCAAGCCACCCUUCCUCCAGUACACCAAGGCAUUUCCUCGUGCGGCCGGCGCACCGAUCCUCCUCGUCGCUGUAUCACCUGACAGCACGCUUCUGGCAACGGGGAGCAGCGACGGUAUCGUCAAGGUGUGGGACAUGGCGGGCGGGUAUGUCACUCACCUGUUCCGCGGGCAUGGUGGGCCCGUGAGUGCCCUUCAUUUUUCCUUCCCCACCAACGAGGGGCGGCAGCGGAUGGAGCUGUGGACUGGAUCCACAGAUGCCCGGGUACGGGUGUUCGACUUGCGCGAUGCGAGUGCGCGCGUGGUCGUCGGCGGGCAGGAGGGGAAGACCAAGGCCAAGGCUGUGCUUGAGAGUCAUGUGUCGGUUGUGAGGGGGAUCGCCGUUUCGGAGGAUGGGAAGUACGCUGUGUCUGGUGGACGAGACAAGGUCGUCCUGGUCUGGGACAGCAAAGGGAAGGUUAUCCAGACUCUGCUCGCGAACGAGCAGGUCGAGGCUUGUGGUCUUCUUCCCCUUGGAACAGCGGUCGAGGGAGAGCAUGCCGACAGGUUGUUGUGCUACACGGCGGGCGAAUCGGGCCGCGUGCGCAUCUGGGACGUGCUCAAGGGAACGGAAGUUGCGGAGAUGGACGGCGUGGCUGGCGUCGACGAGGUCGACGAGGAUGACGAGCAACAGGGUGUGCUCCAGGUCAUGUACGACGCAUCCUCUGCGGCAUUGGUCAGCGUACACGCCGACCAGAAUAUCCUCUUCCACUCGCUCCAUUCGCUCGAAUGCGCACGCCAGAUCGUAGGCUUCAACGAUGACAUUGUCGACGUGGCUUGGCUCUCCCCCUCUGGGGAGGAGGCGUCGCACGUGGCGCUAGCAACCAACUCGAACCUCGUGCGGGUGUACGAUGUGGGCAGCCUCAAUGCGCGCCUUCUCCCCGGCCACAGGGACAUGGUUCUGGCACUGGCGCGGUCCGCGGACGGAAAGCUCCUCGUCACGGGCUCCAAGGAUCGGACGGCGCGUCUCUGGGCUCCGAGGGGCAAUGGGUGGGCGUGUGUCGCGAUAGCGGAAGGACACGCUGAGGCGGUCGGCGCGGUCGCGGUGGCGAACAAGGGCGGGUUCAUGUUCACAGCCUCGCAGGACAGGACAAUCAAGAUGUGGGAUCUGUCGUCUCUCUCUCUCGACGAGGACGUGCAUGAGCCAGUCAAGUUGAGGUCGUUGGCGACACUCCACAUCGCGGACAAGGAUAUCAACGCGCUCGACAUUGCGCCGAACGACCGCUUCCUCGUCUCAGGCAGCCAGGACAAGCUCGUCAAGGUGUUCGAGAUCGAGCACUCCUCCUCUUCUGGAUCGGUGAAGCACAUUGGAACGUGCAAGGGGCACCGGCGUGGUGUGUGGAGCGUGCGUUUCUCGCGUACGGACCGGAUUGUCGCAUCCGGUGCCGCAGACCGCACCAUCAAGCUCUGGUCCCUCGACGACUUUAGCUGCCUCAAGACGUUUGAGGGGCACACCAACAGCGUGCUCCGCGUCGACUUCAUGACAGUCGGCAUGCAGCUUGUCUCGGCAGGAGGAGAUGGCCUGGUCAAGCUCUGGAAUAUUCGUGACGAGUCAUGCGUGGCGACCCUGGACGGGCACGAGGACAAGGUGUGGGCCCUCGCCAUCUCUCCCGACGAAUCGACAAUCCUCUCCGCGGGUGCGGACAGCGUCGCAACCUUCUGGGACGACUCGUCUGCCGCCGAGCAAGCCGAGGCGAACGAAGCCCUAAUCGCCAAAGUGCAAGCCGAGCAGGACUUUACAAACUAUGUCGCGGUAGGCGACUACCGUCGGGCAAUCAAGCUCGCGUUGGCGAUGGGACAUCCCGGCCGUCUCUUGAAACUCUUCCGCACGGUUCUGACGGCCGCGAAACCAUUCGCGUACUCUCCCGAAGAAGAGGAGGAGAUUGACGAAAUCGAGCGCGGACGAGUGGCGGAGAUCGAUGCCGUUAUCGCUGGGCUCAGUGCGCUGGAUUUGGUCCGGCUACUCAAGUGCGUGCGCGACUGGAACGCGAACGCCAAGACUAGCGGGGUUGCUCAGGCUGUCCUGAAUGCCGUUGUGCGACUGAAGAGUCCCGACGAGAUUAUGGGGGCCUUUGACCGGGUCAAUUCCAAGAAGGAGAAGGAAGAGGAGGAGGAGGAUCAGGAAGAAGAUGAUGAGGAGGAGAAGGCAAAGGAGGCAAAGGAGAAGGCGCGGAAGGUUGUCGCUCCCACCAUCUCAAUGCGCGAGUUGCUCGAUGGGUUACUCCCGUACUCCGAGAGGCAUAUGACGCGCGUCGACCGUCUCGUGCAGGAGAGCUAUAUGCUCGACUAUACGAUUUCGGAGAUGGAUGGGGGGAUGUUUGGUGCUGAGGUUAUGGAGGUCGAUGUGUAG